AUGGAAGAGCAAAAAGCCGAAUGGAACCUCUUCUUUUAUCCAAACCCAGUGGACGGCGACACAGAUCCCCCAACCUGGGAUGAGAUUCAAAUAUUGCAGGAAUUCGUUGAACGUUACGGCACUGCCAAUGCAAUUCCAGUAGAUGAUGCUGCUCGUCGCUUUAUGUCCCUUCGUAACGAAGAUGACCUAAUUCAAGAGCGCCAGGGCGAAGCUGUGGAUAAAGGGGAGCGCGUUUCAUGGCUACUGUGGGAUGCUGCUAUUGAGAUGCCGAACUAUCAACCCGCUAUUUUGAAGUUGGUGGAGGCAAUAAGAGCUCUUCCGGAGCUUGAUAGAACCGAUGAACAGGUUCGCACGUCACGCUUCCAAGAUAGGCUGGAACACUGGAGGAACUUGGCCGCAUUUCAGGAUCUUUGGGAAGCUACUCAUGACCGUACGUGA